AGUACACCCGUGGGAAACGUGACGUAGAUGCUCGAAAUUGACAGUCUGGCGUCCAAAUUGUCAUGCGCACCGACCGUGUUUUACACUAUUUUACACCCAUAGGGUUUAUGUCAUAUAGCCACAGACCUUUUAUAAUCCAGUAUUCAGUUUAAUAUCAAGGUCAGUGACUUGAACAGCCAUUUUAUUCUUUCUAAUUUUGAAGUUUUACAAAAGCUAUCAACUGUGAGGUAAUAAAAACAGUGUGUAAUUCAAAAGUGAAGCCAGAAGAGCCCUACCAUAAAGUAGGGUAACAUUCCAAUCCUACCCAUUGCAAAUAAUCGUCGAGAACACCAAUCAACCUAAACCAUAGGCGAAUAGUCCUAGUAGCUAAGGCCUACAAAAAUUAAAAAGAAGAAAGAGCUGACAACUGACAUUUCGAUAUUACCGUCAUCCCGUUAAUUGGAGUAGUACUAAAUUACCUUCCUCAUGUUUUUGCAUAAGUUACCUGCCCAAGUCCGACUCAGCCAUGGAGGUAGAAGGUACCUUUUAACUCCAUGGAGUUGUUAAUAAAUACGGACCUGAGAAUCCCACUGCUGAAGGCCUUUUCUUUUUAUCCUAAUGGCCUGUUACUUAAGUAGUUAUAAAGAAACUUCGGUAAAAGAGAAGAAGAAAUCUAACCUACAAAAUUCAAAAAUGUUGAAACACUACAAAACUCAUAUUCUACGAAAAUGUACUGAUAUCUUUUGUAUACGAUCAUUUUCAUCAGUCAAUACCUACGACGUAAUAGUAAUUGGUGGCGGUCAUGCAGGAAGCGAAGCCUGUGCUGCCGCCUCUAGAAUGGGGGCCCGAACUCUACUUGUCACUCAUAAAAAAGAUACCGUAGGAGAAAUGUCUUGCAACCCUUCCUUCGGUGGUAUAGGUAAAGGUCAUUUGAUGAGAGAAGUUGACGCGUUAGACGGAGUUUGUGGUAGAAUAUGUGAUAUUUCUGGAAUACAGUAUAAGGUGCUUAAUAAGAGAAAAGGUCCCGCUGUUUGGGGUUAUCGCGCUCAAAUUGAUCGAGUUAUGUACAAACGAAACAUGCAAAACGAAUUGUUUAGAAAUACUUCAAAUUUAGAUGUUCUAGAGGCUGCUGUAGAGGAUCUAAUUGUUGAUAACUCUACUACCAAUGCGUUAGGGGAUAGUUGUGUAGAAUGCAAAGGUGUAAUAUUAAAAAAUGGAAGGAAGGUGUACUCUAAUAGUGUUGUAAUAACAACUGGAACGUUUUUAAAUGGCCACAUAAAUCUUGGGUUGAAAAUUAUCCCUGCUGGAAGAAUUGGAGAUGAACCAUCAAUAGGAUUGGCAAAAACUUUGGAGCGAUUAAAAUUAAGAAUGGGCAGAUUAAAGACUGGAACGCCUCCCAGAUUGAAAGCAGAUACAAUCGAUUACAGUGUAUGUGAGGCACAAGAUGGAGAUAAUCCACCAUUGCCCUUUUCUUUCAUGAAUGAGAAGGUCUGGAUAAAGCCAGAAGAUCAGUUGAAGUGCUAUUUAACCAAAACGACACUAGCUUUAGAAAAAGUUGUGAAGGACAAUUUGCAUGUAAACAGACACGUUAUGGAGGAAAUAAGAGGGCCGAGAUACUGUCCCAGUAUAGAAUCUAAAGUACUGAAAUUUUCGGGACGAGAACAUCAGGUGUGGUUAGAACCUGAAGGUCUUACCAGCGACAUUAUAUACCCAAAUGGUUUAUCUUGUACAUUGCCUGAAGAAUUGCAGUGGGAUCUCAUAAGGAAUAUACGUGGUUUAGAGAAUGCUGUGAUAGUUAGGCCGGGUUAUGGAGUAGAGUAUGAUUAUGUGGAUCCCAGGGAACUUAUGCCGACUCUGGAGGUGAAAAGAGUUGACGGUUUGUUUUUAGCUGGUCAAAUUAACGGCACUACUGGAUACGAAGAGGCCGCCGCUCAGGGAAUAUUAGCUGGAAUAAACGCAGGCGCAAAGGCUUUAAAAAGAAAUCCUCUCUUAAUAAGCAGAACGGAAGGUUACAUAGGCGUAAUGGUAGAUGAUUUGACGACCCUCGGCACUACAGAACCCUACAGAAUGUUCACCAGUCGCGCUGAAUUCAGAUUGACCCUUCGUCCUGACAAUGCUGAUCAGAGAUUGACUGCCAAAGGGUUUCAAGUCGGGUGUGUCAGUAAAGAAAGAUAUGAUAAAACGUUGAAAGUGCAGCGAGAGCUCCACGACGGCAUAGAAUUGUUAAAAAACGUUACCAGAACGGCGAGUUAUUGGAGGAAGCAACUGGGGUUGGCUCCGAGCAAAAGUAAUCUUCAAAAAAGUGCUUUCACUAUGAUAGACGUAUCCAAUGAGAAAGUAACCAUUAGUAUGCUAGCGAAAGUAGCCCCAGAAUUGGCAGAUCUCGCUCGGGAUUUUUCUUUAGAAAAUCGGCUUCAUAUUGAAGCGACAUACGAAGCUGCCGCCGAAGAUCAGGCCGAAGAAGUGCGCGAAGUACGGCAAAACGAAUCGCUUAUUAUUCCCAGAAAUAUGGAUUACGCGUCGGAGUCUCUGAGCCUCAGUUUCGAGGAGAGAGAAAAACUAUUGACUGUCCAACCUCAAACGAUCGCAGCGGCAAGUCGAAUUCCUGGUGUCACACCAUCGUCACUAUUCAGGUUAUUGAGAUUUGUGAAACAACAAGAUGUAAGGACGCUUUGAAUAUUUUUUUAGCCCUUUUUACUACCUCAAUUAAAAAAAAAGCAAUUAUAUUGCAUUUUCAAUGCCUUAUUUUGACAAUUGACAAUUUUGACAAGCUCUACUCAAAUAGCAUGCAGUUUAAAGGUGAAAACUUAAGAAGCAAACUUUAAAAAUAUUUCACACCAAUGCUAUACAUAUUAUAAUAAUAAUUAUAAACUCUUUUUUUUUU